UUCGCCGUAGAUACCCGCCUAUCCCCACCAAAAACGAUGACAACAUAGUGUUGGAGAACCUUCUAGAAAAAAAAAGGUUUCGCAAUCUCACUACGACUUCACAGCUGUUUUCCCCCACCAAUAUCAAUAAUUAACUUUUUAUUAUAGUCCACACAUUGUAACUCAACAGCGGUACGGUCUACGCUUUUACAUAACCAAAAUUGAAAACUUCUGAGAGAGACAGCAAGUGAUUCGAAUUCCUUCAAUCAAGCCGUGAAGUCGUAUUUUAUUUGUGAAAUUUAUUUAAUUUUUGUGUAAACCUAACUACAAAAUGGCCAGACGUGGACGUUCUCCGUCGCCUGCACCCAGAAGGUCUGCUGUCCCAGCUAGAACACAGCAACAUGCACCAGCACCACAACAUCAACCAACACAAGUAGCACCAGCUCAACCACAACAACCGGGAUUAUUUGCCCAAAUGGCUGCUACUGCUGGAGGUGUUGCUGUUGGUUCUGCCAUUGGUCACACAGUUGGUCAUGCAGUCACUGGAAUGUUCGGCGGUGGUGGUUCCCGCGAUGAGGUUCAACCUCAACAAGUUCAACAAGCUCCACUAAUGCCAGUGGAACAAAGUAGCCAACAAGGUGGUGCUUGCGCUUUUGAAAUCAAACAAUUCUUGCAGUGUGCACAAAACAAUGAUGAUAUUUCUUUGUGUUCUGGAUUUAAUGAGGCUAUUCGUCAAUGCAAGGAAGCUAACCGUUUAAUGUAAUUAAGAAACUGAUGAAGUGAUAAUUGUGGAAGUAGUUGCAAAAUUAUUAUAAACAAUGUACUCUUAAUGUUAAAAUAUAGAACCGGUACUACACAAAUUGUUUUUUUACAUUAGUUAUUUUAUAUAUAAUCUAUAGGUCAAUGUUAUUGACUAGACAUUUUUAGUUUUUGUAUGCUUACUGUAAGUUAUAGUUAAAAACUAAGAAAAAUGUUAUAAAUAAAUUAUAAUAAACAAUAUUAUAAUUUAA